GUUUGUCUUUGGACACCGACAUUUUACUCUUUACUCUUGACUCUUACAGUUGUCGGAAAGCGUCGCGGACCGUGCUAAUUAAUUAUUAACUUCGAUUUGACAAAACCCCUUAGGUUUCUUUCUUUAGUCAUUAGAAAAAGGGAAAAACAGUACAUUAAAUAUCUACUUAUAAAAAUGAGACGUAACCGAGGCUAUAAUAACCCCCAGCCGUCUUCCGAUGGACCUCUACUGACAACUCAUCUUCGUGACUUGGACAUAGAACUGGAGUUAUUGAAGCGUAAGCGAGACAUAAUCCAGCAGGAGCAAGAAAUGCUCAACAGGCUCGAAUCAAAGAGGCAGUAUGAUUAUGGGCAGUCCUCUAAAAGUUACAAUCGUGGAGAACCUAAUAAUUAUCAGUUUAGUACAAAUAACUAUUCCGAUAGGUAUGAUGGUCCUAGCAGGUCUGGUAAUUUCACCAUACCUCAGGGCCCCAAACGCCAAACACCAAAUCAAUAUUGGGCACCAGCCACUACUAACAAAAACUUUACAACUGCACCAAGAAUCAACCCUUGGCAAACUUCAAUACCAAAACAUAAUACAGGGUAUUCUGCACCAAAACAAAAUACAGGGUAUUCUACACCAAAAAGGUUUCAGUCCCAACAACCCCAUCCCAGAAAUGUUUCAAAUCCCAUAAGACCUCUUAUGAGCAUUCAGCCUAGUAUUAGCCAAAAAAUUCAAAGGAAAUUUCCACCUCGCAAAGAUUUCAAACCUUCAAAAGUGUCCAAACCUAAACCCCAACAGGCUCCAAACAAACUCGCCAAUUAUUCUAAUGACAUAGCUAAAAGUUUAGUUUCCAAAGUAGUUGAUACUGAUGUUGAUAAGAAGGCUGAUUUUAGCCAAAUCUUAAGGGCUGAUAAAACACCAACGGUUCAAAUGAAGGGACGAUUGGAGUUGGCAUUGGGUACGAUCAUGAAAGAUAUUAAGUCUGAACAUUGCACCACUCCUGGCGAUCUCGAAUAUUUCAAUGCUAGUUUCGUACAACGUCUGAUAAAGCAUACCAUUCGAACUCGUAUAAGGAACGUAAUGCUCGAUCAAGUCGUUGGCAAUGUUAGCGAUAUUGUCGCUAACUAUCGCAAGAAAUAUCCGAAGAAUACAGACAUUGAAUUAGUGCAAAUAGCCAAGGAUGCCCAAGGCUUAAGCACUAAGACAAUAGGUCUCACACAGCUUAUAGAAUCAGAUGAUCCAGAAGAAUUUUACAAGAAAAACAUGGCAAAAACAUUGACUAGCAAAUUGGAAGAAAUGUUCCAAAAUCUGGAAAAAUUGUACAUGAAUAAAGGAAAAGGCUUGGAGGAACUGGCUAAAAAUAUGCCUGAGCCGAAAAAUAUUGGUAAUGAACAAAACGAAACUGAGGACAAGGGUGCAAACAAUGCUGAUGAACAAAAAGAUAAUACUGAAAAUGUUAAAGAUGAUGACAUUGCAAUAGUUGAACCUGUCUGUGAGCAGUUUUCAAAAAUGAAGUACUAUAAAGAUUUUAUGGACGAACUUAUCGAAGCUAGACUACCCAAAAUAUUACCUAAAUUUAAAGAUAUGCUAUUGUCAAUCAUGCUCAUGGACAGAGAAUUCUUAGGUAAAAAAGCUCUAAUUGUAACGGAGUUGAAGAAGAGGACAGGAAGAUACAUAAAGCCUAAUCAACAUAUAGUAGAUGAGGCAAAUCAAGAACAAUCAACUAAAGCAAAUGAUACAUCAUUGACAUCUAAUUCUAAUGAAUCUACAACUGCAACAGAAUCUACAACUGCAACAGAAUCUUCAACUGCAACAGAAUCUACAACUGCAACAGAAUCUACUACAAUUAUCUCAUCCGAAACAACUUCAGAACGUACAAAAGAAUCAAGUAUUACGACUCCAAAAAAAUCGGAAGUUGCAAAUAACUUAGUUUCAUCACCAAAAUCAUCACCUUUACCUGAAAAUACUUCAGUGAUACAAAGUGAAGUUCUUGCAAAAGACAAAGUACCAGCUUCUCCUAAAACACCUGCAUCAUCAGAAGUGUAUUAUGUUAAGUUGAUCAGUCGUCCAGCUCUGCCGGCUAGAGCAGUUAUCUACGAUUUUCUUAAUCAGUUUAAUCCAACAUCAAUCAAGAAACACAAAAGCAUCAGCAAUCUCCUUGUCAUUGGUUUCAAAAACAUUGAAGAUUACAAUAAAAUUCUUGCAGUCAACGAAUCUGUUGUUGAUAAUGCGACUAUUGUAAUUAAAGCCAGCGAAAAUCAAGUAAGCAAACCAAAAGAAGCUACACCAUCUGAAAGUGACAGUAAUGAACAUGGUGCGAACACCCCCAACCAAUCAUUGCUUAAUAGCAGUCUCAUUAGUUCAGAUCUAGAAAACCAGAUAACGGAUUUACUAAGCACAAUCAGAAAAACUGAAGAAGUAGCACAAUCAAAUGACAAUAAGAUUAGUUCAGAUAAAACACCAAAAACUGAUGUAGAUUUAGUGGCAAAUGAACCAAACAGUGACAAAGAUAAAACUGACCAAGAGCUUAAUACAGACUUGACUACAAUUGGAAAUGUUAAUGCUGGAAAUAAAGAGUCAAAUGACUAUGAAAAAUCAAAACAAGAAGCUCUGGAAAAUGCGAAUACAACUGAAAAAUGUGAUACUCAAAACACAAACAAUUAUAUUGACAGUAAUAAAGAUGAUAACUCAAAAGAAGAAGAUGCCAAUCAAAAAGAACUUGAAACGAUUGCAGAAGAUACAGAAAAACAUGAUUUUGAAAAAGACAUAAAUUCAAAAGCUGAUGACAGGAUAAAAGAUAAUUUAAAAGAAUCUGGCAGAUCGACACCGACCAGAAGCUCAUCACGUUUAGCCAACGUUACUCCUAGCACCAUUAGGACAAGGAGAGCUAGUCGUUUUGCACAAAAUAACUAACACACAGUCAACUCAAGUUAAAUUUUACAGAAAUAGCAUUACAAUUAAGAACAAGAUUAGUUCUAAAAAAUUAAUUCAUUGCAUUGAUAGGUUUUUAAUGUGAAAUAAACCCGAACCUUUGAUUGAUGACUUUACUCAAUAUUUGUUUUAAAUUUGAAUGAUUUGAAAGUUUUUUUUUUUUAAUGUAAUAAAAUUAUAUCAGUAUCAAA